ACAAAAUUAGGUCAUCAAAUUUCAGAUUCAAAAUAUGGAUUUCUACACUUACGCUUUCGAAACCGAUUUCUCCGGCGAAUUUCCGAUGGAAUUUGAAUCUCCGGCAUGGGAAACAACGAUGAAUUUCAACAAUUCUUUCCAAUUCAACGAUCAGAUGAUUCAAGAGACAUCGGAGACGACGACGACUACGACAUCAUCAGACCUGGAGAUUACAUCGAAUUCCGGGCAGAAUCCGGCGAUGGAGAAGUCGUACAGGGGAGUAAGGAAGAGACCGUGGGGGAAAUUCGCGGCGGAGAUAAGAGAUUCGACUAGAAACGGAGUUAGGGUUUGGUUAGGAACUUUUGACAGUGCGGAAGCAGCUGCUAUGGCGUACGAUCAAGCUGCGUUUGCUAUGAGAGGGAUGACGGCUAUAUUGAACUUUCCGGUGGAGAAAGUUCAGGAAUCGUUGAAGGAGAUGAAGUAUAGUUCGGAGGAAGGGAGUUCGCCGGUGAUGGCGUUGAAGAAGAGACAUUCGAUGAGGAAGAGGAAGAAUAGUAGUAGUAAUAUGAGUUGGAAAAGAAGAGAGAAAGAAGGGAAAGUUGUGUUGGAAGAUUUGGGAGCUGAGUAUUUGGAAGAACUAUUGAGUUCUGCUGAAAGUGGUAGUAAUCAUCAUCUUCAUCAUCCAUGGUGAAAAUUUGGGUAUUGUUUAUUAUUUGAAGAUUAUGUUGUUGUUUUUAGAAGAUGAUGAUAAGAUAUAAUGGGAGAGAAAUUGCUUAUUUUUUUCUUCAAAUUGUUUAUUAGUAUUAUUAUUAUUAUUUAGGAUGAAUUCAUGAUGGUGGAGUUGAAAUCUAUGAUCAAUUCAAUCCAUAUAUUGUAAUUUAGGGGAAAUUUUAAUG